CGGGCUUGUGAUGCUAUAUCUGCGCGACUGAAAACGGCAUGGCUUCCACUGGGCACACUGAGCUCUUCUUGUGUUAAAUUUUUAGAGUAAAAUCAACUACCUGCGUAAAAGUCGCGACAUGGACAUAACCGAGGAACAAGAUGAGAGUUUUGGGAUAGAAGUUGUUCUUCCAGACGACGGGAAACCGGCGCCAUGUUGUCCGCAUGGUCCCACACUGCUGUUUGAGAAAGUCGCCAAAGGAAGCAAAGAAGGCAGGAGGUUUUAUGCCUGUUCUGCCUGUCGAGACAGAAAAGACUGCAGCUUUUUCCAGUGGGAAGAUGACAAGGUGUCUGAGGCCAGACUGUUGGCCAGAGAGGCAGACAACAAGUCAAAGCAGCCUCCGUUCACCCAGCAGGAGUACUGUAACAGGUUUAGGAAGUUCGCCUCCCUCCCUCUGGAUGAGAAGAAGUUCUGUCAGGAUUGUCAGAUUCUGCUGCUGCCUGCAGAGCUCAGCGCUCACUCUGCUCACAGGUCCACCGCCGUCAGCGCCGCUCAGCUGAGGAGGCCCAGCGUGCUGCUCCGUCCUCUGGACAACAAGAAGAGCAACGCCCAGUACCUGUUCACCGACCGCAGCGCACACUUUCUCCUGGACACCCUGGCUGGUCUGGGGUACAGGAAGGUGCUGUGUGUGGGAACACCCAGACUGCAGGAGCUGAUCAAGCUGCGGAACCUGGAGCAGAAACAUGAACCGAUGAAGAGUCUGCUGCUGGACAUCGACUUCAGAUACGCCCAGUUCUACGCUCAGGACGACUUCUGUCAUUACAACAUGUUCAACAAUCACUUCUUUGGCGGAGAGGCCUCCAGUGGCGUCCUGAAGGCUUUCCUCAGAGAGUCCGAUGGGGAGAAGGUGGUGAUGGUGGCUGACCCUCCGUUCGGCGGCCUGGUGAAGCCUCUGGCUCACAGUUUCUCUCUGAUAGCGCAGACCUGGAAGAAGCUCCAGAGCUGUGACAGGUCUGACGUUGAGCUGCCCAUGAUGUGGAUCUUCCCGUACUUCUUUGAGCCUCGCAUCCAGGAGGGUCUCCCUUCUUUGACCAUGCUGGACUACCAGGUGGACUAUGACAACCAUCCUCUGUAUAAACAUGGGAAGACGGGCAGGAAGCAGUCUCCUGUCAGGCUCUUCACCAACAUUUCACCCGGAGACGUCGUCCUGCCCAAAGAGGACGGGUACAGAUUCUGCUCUUUAUGUGACAGAUACGUUUGGUCGCUGAACAAACACUGCGCCAAAUGCAACCUCUGCCCAUCCAAGGACGGCCGUGAAUGGAAGCACUGCUCAGCAUGUGGGAAAUGCGUGAAGCCUUCGUGGAAACACUGCCAGUCCUGUGGCCGCUGUGCCCUCCCGGACCACCCCUGUGGUGAAGGAAACGACGGCUGUUUCAACUGCGGCAGCCUGAAGCACAAACGCAGAUCCUGCCCUCUGAAAGACUCGCACAGGAUCAGCAGUUUUCGGCCCAAAGCCAAGAAAGGAGGUAACAACGUGCCCUGUCGUCUCUCCUUUAAGCCUAAAGGGAAGAGGAAGUCUGGAGCAGCUCGCAGAGCCAAGAAGUUGGCUGCUCAGUCCACGUAACGUCAGCAGUCACGCGAUGUCUCAUCAGCUGUGUCGCCACAAGCAACGGAUAUUUCUGUUUAAAGCCCAGUGGUUGAUGUUAAGAGUGUUGUGACAGAAUAAAAAUGACAUGAAGUGAG